CAAGCAUUGAGGUUAUGUCAGUGCUCUAGGCUGACCUUGAUACGUGUGCUGUGAUAUUUGAAAUCAUGGCAAAAAAGACCUUAAAAAUACUCACAAUUCACAGUAAAGAAACCAAUGACAACAUUUUAAACUUCAUAAGUGAAAAACUGGAAUCGAUAAAUUACCGUGUGAAAAGGGCGACCGUUGAAGCUAAAGAGGAGAGCUUAUGCAAAGAAAUCGGGUCCAGUGUUAGACAGUGUGACGUAGUCUUGUUCAUCGGUGGCGUUGGUACGGAGUACUCGGGCCUGGUUUGGCAGGCCGUUGCGAAAGUAUUUCAUCAGCAGUUAAUCGUAAAUCCGCACCUCGCAAAAUACACAAACUCGGUGGAGUACACAACGGCGUACGCCAAAUGCUUCGAGUAUACACACAACGGUACUUUCCCCGUUAUGUACGUGCAGGGUUUGUUCUUACUGACGGACGACGUGAAACUAUUGCAAUCGUCAAUUCUAAAUAUUGCCGUUCCGUUCUUGACGCAUUUGAACGGCGAUGUUGUGUUUAAACGAAAAUUGACGAUAGAAGCGAAGGGUGGCCCUCCGAAGAUAUGCGGUGGUAGUGAAGUGCACGUCUCUCUAUGUACGGCAUCGGACGUGGCGAUACUGCAUUUAACAUCGUCGAACAUGUCGGCGUUACUCGACUAUGAAAAUAAACUACUCGAGGACUAUAAGGUGUUGGAUCGUCGCGAAAAUGCCGACAUUGAGGAUCUCGUGUACAGCCAGAGCGACUCGCAUGUCAAAAAAUCAGUCGAAUGCAUUGAGGAGUGUUUAAAGAGAUACGGGCCCGAAAACGUCUUUGUGAGCUUCAACGGCGGAAAAGACUGCACCGUACUGCUCCACUUAACGAUGGGCGUCUUGAGAAGAAACUAUCCCCGGUACCGCGGGAAGAUCUGCUGCGUUUACAUGGAGAACGCGAGUCCCUUUCACGAAUUGAAUCAGUUCAUUGAAGAAUCUCGAGAGUAUUAUAAUUUAGACGUUCUCAAAUUUAGCAAGUCGAUUAAGGAUUCGUUGACAGAUGUACUCGCGAGUAAACCGAAUAUAAAGGCGGUGCUGAUGGGUACACGAAGAUCUGAUCCGUUCUCGGAACAUUUGCGACCAUUUCAGAUGACCGAUCAGAAUUGGCCGCAAAUAAUGAGAGUGAGCCCGAUAUUAGAUUGGCAUUACUCGCAAAUAUGGGAUUAUUUGCUCCAUUUGAAAAUCCCUUACUGUGGCUUAUACGAUAUGGGCUAUACGUCGUUAGGGGACACGACCAAUACGAUUCCGAAUCCAUUUUUGGUGAUAAAUGAAGGUGACAGCGGGAAGAGGUACUUGCCGGCUUAUAAAUUACUGGAUGCCCUGCAAGAACGGAGCGGACGGUUACGUAGUAAAUGAGAUUAAUUUGUACAAAUCGGGAUUAGGGGAAACUUAAUUAUGAGAAGCCAAAGAGUGUCAAAAUUUAUAAUAAAUUAUUUGUUUGUAA